AUGUGCCGAAUUUACUCCGACUCAUUUCACCCUCUCUCGUCAAAGCCCAGGCCCACGCGCAAACGCCCCAAGGUUCCAGAGCAGCAACGCCAGCGAGCCGCAGUUGCAUGCAAGAGUUGUCGCCGACUCAAGGAGAAGUGCGAUGGCCAAGUGCCGUGUUCGAGAUGCUCGCGAUAUAACCGCUUGUGCGAGCCGGCCGAUGCUGCUUCGCGGCCUGCUUCAUCCUCCCACAAUGGCCCAUCAAAAUCGCAUGCGGAGCGCGCAAGCCCAUCUCACGAACGCGUUCAGCAUCUCGAGUAUAUUGCCCGACACUUUCUCGGAGACGUGACCCUCACAGAUGAUGCUUUGAGCAAGAUCGUGGCCAAAUUGGAGUCCGAGAGCGACGGCACGCACAGGAAGCCCACCGAUGACCCGGAAACACCCACGCUGGAAGAAGAGCGUUUCAGUGUCCAGAACGUCUCCGCAAAUACCACAUCGGGAAGUUCAAUCUGGCAUUAUUCGGGCGAGUUUUCGCACUGGAACUUCUCCAUGAGGCUCAAGUCCUACGUUGAGCAGCAGUUAGGCGGCGAGGCUGUCAAUCAGUUCCAGGUUCUGGACUAUUGGAGACCCCAUCAUUUGAAAUCUCGGGACUCCAGCAUGAAAUCAAUCCUGGAAAGCCUGCCUGGGAAAGAUGUGGCAUUAUUCCUAGUUUCCAAGUUCUGCCAAUUCGCUCAGCAGACGACGUUUUUUGUCGAAGAAGGAUGGGUUCGCGAGCGAGUCAAUGCUCUGUAUCGAAAGAAUAUCGUGCUAACCGCCGACGACGCAUGCUGGCUAUGUAGUACGCUCAUGGUGCUCGCAGUCGGAACUCAAUUCGCCCAUAUGCCCCAGAAUACACCAACUUAUGGCGAGGACGCCAUCGAGUCUGUCGCUGAUGCUGUUGGCAUCUCGUUUUACCAGCAAGCGGCGGACCUCAUCCCGGAUAUCAUCGCGAUAGCCAGUGUGGACAGCGUUCAAGCAUUUCUUCUCCUGGCUCACUACGCCCUGCCUUUAGAUGCGCACGGAGUGGCUUACACGUAUCUCGGGUUGGCCUUGAGAAUGGCGAUACAGAAUGGAAUGCAUCGAAAGCAUCUAGGUAAUGAAUUCGAUGCCUAUACUCGGGAUUUGCGUAACAGGCUGUGGUGGAGUACCUACCGUCUGGAGAAACGAGUCAGCAUCCUGCAUGGCCGACCAGCCUCCAUCUCGUCGAACGAAGUCGAUGCUGAUCAUCCUGUUGACACAAUAUCAGCGACGGAAUCGGAGACAGAUAUCAGGAGACUGGAGAAUAGUAUGACUAAAAUCACCGAUUGGCUGGGCGAUAUGGCUUUUGUCAUCUUCAUGCUGCGAAAGUCGCCCCCUUCAUUGCGCCACACGUAUUUCGAGCGGCUACUGCAGAUCAAGGGCCAAUAUCUCGAGUGGUGGCAAAGUGCACACAUCCCGGACAUCAAUACCAUGCAGCAAUCACGAGCCGUGGCUCAUCUACAUCUCUCCAAGCACAUGAAUCUUGUCUUCGUUGGCAGACCUUUUCUGCUCAACAGAGCCAGAUUAAAUGCUGCAACGGCUCGUAAGUUGAGUGGCCGAGCCAUGCUCAACGAGCGCUGGUCCGAGCUUGCAGGUGAGGCAUUACGAUCAGCGGAGCAAAUCGUCGCUAUCGAACAGCAGAUGCAUGCAACGAUUGGGCUUGCCAAAGCAUCAUGGGUCGAAUUCUCCGCUUGCAGGGCAGCAGUACUGGUCUUGCUUGCACAGUGUCUGCACGAAUCGUCCCAGCAGACGCGUGACGUUCUCGGAAAAGGCAUGAAUCUCAUCCGAUACAUGUCGAGCGCGAACGCAUCGACGAGGUCGGAAGCGUCACUCGUGACGUCCCUUGAGAAUGCUAUCAGACAUCUCGACGCUCAAAGAGCCGGAACAUUCGAUAUGUAUGAGCCUUUUGGAGAUCUGGACUGGAGCCCUUUUGAUGCAUCAAUGUUCAACGAGACCCCAAUUGACUUUGAAGCUUUGGGCAUGCAUCACUUUGACGAGGCUUUCAGCAUAUCCAAUGGAUCUCUUGGUCCUGCGCCUCGACCAGAAGUGCCACCUCCACUAUAGCGAUGGGCCGAUUUGGACGAUUUAUACGCGGCACGUCUCUGGGCCAAUUGCCGUCCCUGGUGUCCGCACAAGUCGGCUAGCAAUCCUCAUAGCUUGAAGACCAGUGCCUUCCGCUUGAUGCCUUGGGAUACUCCUUGCGCGUUGGUAUCGCCGUCAUGAGCAGCGUCAUGCCGAAAGGCAACAUGCGACUCACACGGAGGUCUGGCACUGAGGAAUGCAUCGAGAAGUCGCAUGAUAUCCGGGCGUUCACGAUGGUCGAUCCGCCUUAAAUCGGCGGUGUCUUUGAGAAAACUGGUAUAGAGCUGUCUGCCGAGCAUCUGCAGUUUUGCGAUUCUAGUGGAAUUGGUUUUUUGAGCAGCUGAUCUAAGAAAGGGAUACAUCGUGAUAUACCGCCGGGCCGCGCCGGCCAUAUGUGUACGUGAGGUGAACAAGGACGGUGCAGCAGCAGAGAUGUCCACUAAUGUAUGUACCCAUCAGAGGAAAUGAUUUCUGCAAAGAGAGAGAGGAGCGUAUUGCUCACUGGGGGAUAAUGAAGCAUCAACAGACUUGUUUGAUUUAGUGGAUGUGCUUUGUGCCACUUUGCUGAAGCUGGCUGACAAGGUCUCCGCGUCUACCAAGCAAUCCACUUGCG